GGACAGGGACAGGAGAGGGGACAGGGACAGGGACAGGGACAGGGACAGGGACAGGGAGGUCCCACCGGCGCGGCGCGGGUGGCACUGGGGACAGGGAGCAGCAGGGACGGGGACAGAUCCCGCUCCGGUGUCCCCCGGCUCCAGAGCGUCCCUGGAAUGUCCCCGCUCCCUGUGACACCCCGGGAAUGCUCGGGAAUGUUCGGGAAUGUUCCGGAAUGCCCCCACACCCCGGUCCAGCCGCCUCCUCCAGCUCCAGCGAGCCCCGGGAACCCCGGAAUGUUUGGGGAAUCCAUGGAUCCACCCUCGGGAAUGUUCCAGGAUCCCGGAUCCACCCUCGGGAAUGUUCCAGGAUCCCGGAUCCACCCUCGGGAAUGUUCCAGGAUCCCGGAUCCAGGCCCGGGAAUGUUCCAGGAUCCCGGAUCCACCCUCGGGAAUGUUCCAGGAUCCCAGAUCCACCCUCGGGAAUGUUCCAGGAUCCCGGAUCCAGGCCCGGGAAUGUUCCAGGAUCCCGGAUCCACCCUCAGGAAUGUUCCAGGAUCCUGGAUCCAGGCCCGGGAAUGUUCCAGGAUCCCGGAUCCACCCUCGGGAAUGUUCCAGGAUCCUGGAUCCAGGCCCGGGAAUGUUCCAGGAUCCCGGAUCCAGGCCCGGGAAUGUUCCAGGAUCCCGGAUCCACCCUCGGGAAUGUUCCAGGAUCCUGGAUCCACCCUCGGGAAUGUUCCAGAUCCCGGAUCCACCCUCGGGAAUGUUCCAGGAUCCCGGAUCCAGGCCCGGGAAUGUUCCAGAUCCCGGAUCCACCCUCGGGAAUGUUCCAGGAUCCCGGAUCCACCCUCGGGAAUGUUCCAGGAUCCCGGAUCCAGGCCCGGGAAUGUUCCAGGAUCCCGGAUCCACCCUCGGGAAUGUUCCAGGAUCCCGGAUCCACCCUCGGGAAUGUUCCAGGAUCCUGGAUCCAGGCCCGGGAAUGUUCCAGGAUCCCGGAUCCAGGCCCGGGAAUGUUCCAGAUCCCGGAUCCACCCUCGGGAAUGUUCCAGGAUCCCGGAUCCAGGCCCGGGAAUGUUCCAGAUCCCGGAUCCACCCUCGGGAAUGUUCCAGGAUCCCGGAUCCACCCUCGGGAAUGUUCCAGGAUCCCGGAUCCACCCUCGGGAAUGUUCCAGAUCCCGGACCCGCUGCCCCUCGAGCCCCCCCCCCGCCAUCCCGGCCUCCCUCCGGCGCCCGGGGCUGCCCCGACCCCCGGGAAUGUUCGGGAACGUCCCGGGAAUGCUCAGGAAUGUUCGGGAACGCCCGGACCCCCCCCAGCCCCUCCCCCUCCCGCUCCGGCUCCGGCCCCGCGCCCCCCCCGCCCCCCCCGUGUUUGUAUUUUUGUACCCCGUGUCCCCCCGUGUCCCCCCUCGGUCACCGCUGGCAGAGCUCCCUCCCCCGCAUGUGUCCCCCCCGCGCCGCCGCUACCGAGCAAUUAAUUAAUGAAUUAACGAGUUAAUUAAUAAA